ACGACAGCGAAAAUUUGGCCUGUUUGGUAAUCCUGUACCAACGCAAUCCCUUGGGAGUGCACAACGAUUUCCCGGGUGGGAAGGAAAGGCCUAAAAAAGAUUUGCAGUGUUGUUCGUUGUGUCGUUCGAAGCAGUUAAUUCUAGAGUGUGCCGUGGAAGGUGAACGAUACCAUGACUGGACGAGGUCGCAAUCAAGGAACCAAGCUUGAAACCACCAUCGAGCAGUGCCGCAGUGAAGGACGAUGGAAACGGGUGAUAGAGCUGGCGGAGGAACUGAAAACGGGCUAUCCGCACACAGAAUGCCUGGCCAACUUUCUCACUGGGGAGGGUAAGCUUGAGAGCUACCUCGAGGAGCACCCACCGAUCGAGGAUAACUAUUCCAAGGCCAAGCUGGGUCUGUCCGAGGCAAAGCGCUACCUGAAUUCCGUCACCGGAGAGCAUGGAAAGAAGGCGGGCUUUGCACUGGACGCGCAUCUGCUGUUGGCGAAGUUGUACUUUGCCUGCGGCCAGUACGAUGAAUCACUGCAGAACUUUGUCUCGGCGGAAUUGAACACCCUCUCGGAGAAGCAUCUUUCCGCACGAAGUAUACGAAUACUAGCGGAAUCGUACGCCAUCAAGGGCAUGUGCCUGGAGAAGAAAGGUUCCAAAGCACCGUCCAAGUUUAAACAGGCUGAGCAGGAAACGGAAAUGAUAACCUGCUUUGAACGAGCGGCCGAUCUCGGCAUCCUGUAUCUGCAGGGGCAGGAUACUAGCAACCAGAACGAGGUCCGUCGCAUGGGUGCCAUCCUGGAAACGGGACUCCAGCGUGCUCCGAUCGUGUUGAUCAAGGCGGGCAAGUUGCAGAACGCAAUCGACCGCUACCGCGUCAUGCUGAGUGCGGUCGAAACGAAAGCGACACAAACGCUACGGCUCACGCUGGCCCGUCAAUUGGCGGAGGUACUGUUACGGGGUGUUUCCGGUACGAUAUACACAUCACCGGCCAAUAACACGCCGACACGGAGUGCGUCCGGUGGUAACAAGCGCCUCUGGGAACCGCGCAAAUAUUCCGGACGUCAGCAAUUCAUCCCGAAGAACCAGCACGAGGAAACGAUCCUGCUGUUGCUGAUCGCUGAGGCACUCGCCGUUCGUGACGCCGUUUUGUCACAGAGCCCUGAAUUCCGCGAUGCACGGGUCCAUUCGCUGGGUAACGCUGCGGCCAUCUACGAUCUUCUAACGCUUGCCACCGUUCGCUGGAAUCAGAUUGCGCUACUACACGAUUCACUUGAGAAAGCGCUCAAGUUUGCCUUUGGCGAGGCACACGUAUGGAAGCAGUACGCAACCUGUCUGAUGGCGCUGGGUCGCUACAAGCAUGCUGUGUGUGCGCUCAAGGAACACGCGAAACUCGAACCAACAGACAGUAGCGUUUCCUGCCUCAUGGCAGCCCGCAUCUGCUACGAGCACCUUGAUCAGGUGAAGGAAGGACUCGCCUUCGCGGAGGAGGCGCUUCGGAAAGAAUCGAAAAACCCCGCACUCGGACGUCGCUCGCGGGCUCAACUGUACGUAGGCAUAGGGCUCCAGCAGAUGGCCGUAUCGUCGAACCUUGUGUCGGAAAAGGAUCGCUACAACCGGCUCGCCUUCGAAGCGCUCGAACGUGCCGUCCAGCAGGAUCCGAACGAUCAUCUCGUCGAGUACUAUCUGGCCUGCCAGCACGCGCUAAACUACAACAUAACGGAGGCGCUGGUGCACAUCACAACGGCUCUUUCGUUGCGUGCCGAACAUUCCUCCAGUUUGCUCCUGUUUUCCCUCCUCCUCACGGCCAACCGACGCCCGAAGGAAGCGCUCGGUGUUGUGCAGGAUGCGGUUGAAGAAUUUCCUGACAAUCUGAAUCUGCUGCACGUGAAGGCGCACCUCGAGCUGUACCUACGGGACGUCGAGACGGCGCUCGAGACGGUUCAGCAGAUGUUUGCCAUUUGGAGGGAAGUUUAUGAGGUGCAGCUUGCGAACGCUGCCAAUGAGCACGACCACGAAAAGCAUUCCGAUACGCGCAGCGUCAUUCAGAUGCAAUCGUCGCAGAUGUCCGAUAAAGAUUCGAACUCGAUUCAUGCAGCAUCGCUGGCGGCAUCCCGCAUUGAACACGCGCUCAGCGAAGCGGCUAGCUCGCUCAGCUCGUUUAGUCCCCGGCCCGGACCCCAGAAAGCAUGGAUGAUUCAGUUCAAGAUAUGGUUGCUGCUGGCCGACGUUUACAUCGCGAUCGAGCAGCCAAACGAGGCAAUCAAUUGCAUCCAGGAGGCAAGCCUGAUCAAUCCCGUAUCGCAUCAGGUUAUGUAUAUGCGUGGCCAAAUACACAUCUAUCAAUCGCAAUGGCCUGAAGCUAAACAGUGCUUCCUGAACGCGGUUUCGGCGAACCCGUACCACACCGAUGCCCUUCGUGCGCUCGGCGAGGCUCAUCUUACGCUCGGCGAACCCCGGCUGGCGGAGAAGACGCUCAAGGAUGCCGCCAAGAUUGAUCCAAACUGUCCCAAAAUAUGGUUCCUCCUCGGACGCGUUAUGGAGAGCAUUGGCGAUUAUACGGCAUCGGCGGACUGCAUGGCGACGGCACUCCAACUGGAACCAUUCUGUCCCGUGCUACCGUUUAACGCUCUCGGGCUCGUGUUCGAUUAAAUGUGGAAACCCUUAUUCGUCCGUUUUAAUCUCCCACAAACGACCACUUCCUAGGGGGAGGGGGAGAAAAUGAAACCGCGUUAUUCCGGUGGUCACUAGUAACAAUCGAUAAAAUCGUUCUCAUCGUUCGUUGACUAAUUUUAGGAUUCAGAUUAUCUGCCAAGAACAGAAACUCUACAUCCCUCUCUCGAACACACCGUUUCUACACCUUCGUCCAGUUUGAAGUAUUUUGUUGUUGGUGAAGGUGGCUUGGAGGGAAAGGCGAAAGGAAGUAUUACCCCGUCAGUGAAGGGAUAUUUGAUUACACUUAUUUUUUUAUAUUUUUAAGUUCGAAUGGACAGGUUUGGUAUGCAUUUCGUUUUCUGAUACUUGUUUUUAAUGCCUGCGGACACAACACUGACCCUUCGUGCGCACGUCGCCUAUAGUUGUUAUAUUUAUUUGUUUACCGAAUGCACUUGUUUCAACCCAUCAUCAUCCCCUGCUCGCUUUUUUUAUCAUCCCUCUGUGAUCGUAACGUUACCGGUAAACCCUAAAAAAAAUCAAUAACAUUAACAUGGCCACCUUGUGUAUUGUGUGGUUAAGGAUAUAAUAUACCGCUGUUGGGAAAAACGAUUCCCAUUUCCGUGG